GUUUUGUCGUUCCGUGGUUGGCAACGUUAGUAUAUUCUGUGGUUGGCAACAAAUUACAAUUUUUUUUAGGUUUGUUGAAGUUAAAAAUGGCAGAGCCCGAAUUAAACGUUGAUAGCUUAAUUCAAAGGCUAUUAGAAGUAAGAGGAUGUCGCCCUGGAAAAUCUGUACAUAUGACCGAAGCAGAAGUAAGAGGUCUUUGUUUGAAAUCAAGAGAGAUAUUUUUACAGCAACCUAUUUUACUUGAACUUGAGGCACCUUUGAAAAUUUGUGGGGACAUCCACGGACAAUACACAGACCUGCUCCGCUUGUUCGAGUAUGGAGGGUUCCCGCCCGAGGCCAACUACCUAUUCCUGGGCGACUACGUCGACCGCGGCAAGCAGUCCCUCGAAACCAUCUGCCUGCUGCUCGCCUACAAGAUCAAGUACCCCGAGAACUUCUUUCUGCUCAGGGGCAACCACGAGUGCGCCUCCAUCAACCGAAUAUACGGCUUUUACGACGAGUGCAAGCGACGCUACAACAUCAAGCUGUGGAAGACCUUUACGGAUUGCUUUAACUGUUUGCCCAUAUCGGCUAUUAUUGACGAGAAGAUAUUUUGUUGUCAUGGAGGGCUGAGUCCGGACCUGCAGGGGAUGGAACAGAUCAGGCGUAUUAUGAGACCGACAGAUGUACCAGAUACCGGUUUGCUGUGCGACUUGCUGUGGUCCGACCCCGACAAGGACGUGCAGGGCUGGGGCGAGAACGACCGCGGCGUGUCGUUCACGUUCGGCGCCGACGUGGUGAGCAAGUUCCUGAACCGGCACGACUUGGAUCUGAUCUGCCGCGCGCACCAGGUCGUCGAGGACGGCUACGAGUUCUUCGCCAAGCGCCAGCUGGUCACUCUGUUCUCCGCGCCCAACUACUGCGGCGAGUUCGACAACGCCGGUGGCAUGAUGAGCGUGGACGAGACGCUCAUGUGCUCGUUUCAGAUUUUAAAACCUUCUGAGAAGAAGGCAAAAUACCAGUACCAAGGCGUGAACUCCGGUCGUCCCUCGACACCACAGAGGAACCCCACAGCCAAGAAGAAAUAGAGUGAAAAUAGAGCAAUAAACACUUGUUUAACAUUAUUUUCAUUUUAUUCAAAUACUAUUAUAAAGCAUUUUAACUGUAGCGUACUUUCUCUCACUGAUUUUUUUUUGUUGUGGCAAUAUCAUUAAAAAAAGUCGGUCCUUAAAAUUGAUUUGAUAGUAUUAUUUAUCGUUAUAUAUUUUUUUCUCUUCAUUUUUAGUUUGUAAAGGUUUUUUGACUGAUUUAUUUUUUGUGCGACUAGACUAUAAAACUUAUCAAAGUAUUUUUUUUUGUAAAUAAUCUUAAACUUGCUUCAGCAUUUAACAGUGGAAAUUGCAAAGUAAAAUUACACACUUAUAUAUGAGCCAAAGAUCUCGGUGAUUUGGCAAUUUUUUAUUUUUAUUUAUUACUCAUAUACAGGGUUUUAUACAAUCGAUUCAUUAAACGUAUUUAUGUUCUGAAAUGUCUUAGGUUAGAUAUAUUUCAAGGUGUAGUUUCUUUUAAAAUAUUUUCACUUGCUAACAGUUACAGUUUAACUGGAAGUCAUUUCGCGUCAGGAUUGCUUGAAAAUAA